AUGUCACAUCAUGAACCUAUCCACGACGAAUGGGAUGUAGAUGAUAUUGAAUGGGAUUGGAGUGAGGAGGGCGUACACGAGGAUGAACUUGCUCUAGAACCGCAUGACCUGAAUGCAGAGGACGAACCAAUUGCGCAAACAUCCCCACAUGCACCACAAAAAACGAUAGAGAAUGGAGAAAUAGCAACGUCCGAGGAUACAACACAAAGUCAGGAAGAUAGUAUGAAAUCCCGAUUACUUAUCAACCCCAAUAAAGCCGGUACACAAUAUAUACCUAAACACAUUGUCGCCAAAAUCGUUUACGAAGCCUCUCAAGGAUCACCUUUCUUUCUUGCUGAACAACGCCGAGACGCUCUCGUCACAGCUCGUAUCCAAUCCCUCCAAUCCCGCGUACAAGCCAUCCAAACCAUGGACCUCCGCCUAGAACGAGGCAUCGUCGAAAGCGUACUACGAACCGUAGAAAAAGAAUGGGAGACAUCUGAACGGAGGUGGAUUGUUUGUGUUGAUAUGGAUGCAUUUUUUGCAUCCGUCGAAGAACUCGAUCGACCCGAAUUGAAAAAUAAGCCAAUGGCUGUCGGGGGCAUGUCCAUGUUGUCUACGGCGAAUUAUGAAGCUAGAAAGUACGGUGUUCGAUCUGCCAUGCCUGGGUAUAUUGCAAAGAAAUUGUGCCCCAAUUUGAUUCUCGUUCGUUCCAAUUUUGAUAAAUACACGGCGGUGAGCAAAAAGAUUCGGGAGGUCUUUGCGAUGUAUGAUCCACAGUUUAGUCCAAUGAGCUUGGAUGAAGCGUAUCUGGAUAUCACCGAUUACCUUUCUGCGCACCCUGAACACACACCCGAAUCCGUCGUAUCUGAGCUUCGAGCAGAAAUAUUUCGUCGGACAAUGCUUACUGCGAGUGCAGGUAUAGCGGCAAACAAAAUGCUGGCAAAGGUUUGCGCGGACAUUAACAAACCCAAUGGACAAAAAUUCCUUCCUGUGGAUCGGGAAAGUAUUAUGGAAUUUGUUCGAACAUUGCCGAUACGUAAAGUCCCAGGUGUGGGGAAAGUCAAUGAACGGAUUUUAAAGUCCCUUGGAAUUGAGACAUGCGGGCAUCUGUCUUGGAGUCGGAUCAACCCGAGAUUGAAUCGUAUGUUGAACUUUUUUUCUUGGUUUGUUAUGUUCGCAUCUAAUGAAUCAUGUAGGGAUAGCGAGAGAAAAAGUAUUGGGGUAGAGAGAACAUUUGCACCCAUGCAAAAAUCAUCAGAAAUGUACGAAAAACUCUCUGAACUCUCUGAAUACCUCGCAACGGACCUAAAAAAACACGACACAAAAGGCCGGACCUUGACACUUAAACUCAAAACCACUGAAUUCCGUCUCUUUACCCGUGCAAAGACCUUGAUGCGGUUCAUGUGCACCGCUGAAGAGAUUUUCCAUUGUGCACAACAGCUCCUUGCGUUGGAAAUUACCGCAAAUCCCGGGUUACGUUUACGACUCAUGGGAUUAUCCAUGUCAAAAUUAUCCAGUCGGUCCAUGGAUGAAGACGGUAUCGCAAAGUUUCUAAAACGCCCCUCACCUUCCACUCCGUUUCCAAACCCGCAAACUUUAACAUGUCCUGUUUGUUGUAAAGAGUUUCCGGAUAUUUCUGAGCGGGAUAUGGCUGAGCAUGUGGGUAGAUGUCUUGAGGAUCCUCAUAUUCCUGAUGGAAGUGGUGAGAUCAAGGGUGAUGGGAUGAAACGACCCUCUAAACGCAAAAAAGAAACGAAACGGGAUAAACCAAGUUCUAAUCUCGUGGAAUGGAUGCAAAAACGGAGCUCAUCUCCUUUGCUUGAUCAGCCCGUAUGUCCCGUAUGCGCAACGCCAUUCACAGACCCGUCUGAUCUCGCUAGUGUGAAUCGACAUGUGGAUGCAUGUCUUUUGGGUGAGAAGCAAUAG